AUCUUCUCCUCACAAUAUUCUUCAUCUCUUUUGCUUAGUCUAGUUAUGUAAAUAGUUGAAAAUUUCAACUUGAAUUCUCUCGCCAACAAAAGAUGAACAUUGCUACUAUUCCAAUUUCACCUUUUUCUUUUUCUUCGUCAGCUGUAAAAAAUUACUGUUAUUAUCGUAGCAGUUUCUGUUGCUUUUCAUCAUCUUCAACAUUUUCCCUUAUUCCCAAAUCCCUAAUUUUUUCUUCAUCAUACGUCAAUUGGAAAAUGCCCAAUUUUGCUUGUUUCUCAUCCUCCAUUGAUUUUGAUUCUUCGAUGUCGGACGACGUUACGACGUCGUCUUCUGAUGUUACUCCUAUUCAGCAGAAGCCCAAGCCAAAGCCCAAACCUUGGCUUCUUGUUGGGCUUGGAAAUCCUGGCAAAAAGUACUCCGGUACUCGUCAUAAUGUUGGGUUCGAGAUGGUAGACGCCAUAGCAGAAGCCGAGGGGAUAUCAAUGAAUAGUGUUUCUUUUAAAGCUUUGUUUGGAAAAGGUUACAUUGGAAAAGUUCCUGUUAUCCUUUCCAAGCCACAAACUUUUAUGAAUGUCAGUGGUGAGUCUGUUGGUCCUUUGGUUUCGUAUUAUAAGAUCCCGCUAAAUCAAGUACUAGUGAUUUACGAUGACCUGGAUCUGCCUUUUGCAAAAUUGCGGCUUCUGCCUAAGGGUGGUCAUGGAGGACACAAUGGGAUGAGGAGUUUGAUUGAUCAUUUCAAAGGAAACCGCGACUUUCCACGUUUAAGAAUAGGAAUUGGGCGGCCUCCCGGAAAGAUGGACGCUGCCAACUUUGUACUUCGUCCAUUCAGUAAAUGUGAACGUGAAGAGAUUGAUAUGUGCAAGGUGCGAUCGUCCUUGAUGCUUGUAGGUAGUCGAUUCAAUAUUUCAAGCUAUCAUUCUUGUGCAUUUGGAUUUGACAAUGCAUACUGGACUGGAAGCAGUGCGGAUUCUUUUGCUAGAAGGUUUCAAUAAAAGUGCCACAUUUGUGAACAGUGCAAAAUCUCUUAAACAACUUAGUUAAUCAAACUAUACUUUCAACGUGGAAGUUGAAUGGCAAUUACGCGAAUAGAGUUUUCUUUUAUGGUAAAUGUCAAUGUAUGUAGACUAGUGAAAUUAUACAUACUUUCGAAGCAUACUUCCUCUGUAUUUAUUUUUUGUUGUUGUUCCUAUUCUAAAUGUGUAGGUUUGUUAAUACA